AAAGAACGCACGAGGAGCAUGUGGGCACUGGGCAGAAUUUCCGGAACCGCCGUUAGCUGCCGUCGUCAACGUCGAAGCUGCGAUAGAGUUGGGUAACAGGGGGGUACUUACUGCUCUCUGCGGCGAGGAGGCGGACGAGGGCGACUGGGCGAGGCAAAUCGACUAGUUGCGAGCUCCAGAUCUCUCGAAUCGGUGUCUGGGAAGUCAUCUCAGUCAAUGGGCAAGGAAGUUCCAGGAACCUCAACCAAUCAAGAAAGAGAUUUUGUCACCACUCAUGUGCCCAACGGAAAAAAUGAUCAGAUUAGUCAUAAACCUCCCAUAGUUGCUGUGUCAGGCCAUGCCACUGAUAAUCGAGAUGGUGCAAACUCUACUCGUAAUGGAAAUUUAAGUUUUGAUCAGGACACUCCAGAAAGGAAAUAUGAUGAACAGAACUCAUUCAAUCAAAAGACAGCAGAAUCAGAUUCUGCUAAUGCAGCUGUACAACCAAACCACAAUGUUCCUCAGACAGUUCCUAGUGCAAAUGAAAAGCCUACUUCAUGUGAAAACCAUGUUUUUGUUGCUGGAGUGGCUGCUAAUGGAGAUAAACAUCCUAAUGUGAAUGCACUGUCACCAAACAUCCAAAAGAAGGAUCAGAGGCACUUAAUGCUCUCAUCCAAGGAACCACUGCAUCCUGAUAACACCAUGCAACUAGAAGAAGAGGAUUCCUGUUCAAUAACUUCUUCUACCACACAGUCUCCAAAAAAUUUGAGAACACAUAUUACUGUGGCAAUUGCCCCUACAUUCAAAUGCAGUGAACGCGCAGAGAGGCGUAAGGAGUUCUACACGAAAUUAGAAGAGAAACACCAGGCUCUGGAAGCAGAGAAGCUGGAAUAUGAAGCUAGGACCAGGGAAGAACAAGAGGCAGCACUCAAGCAACUAAGGAAGAAUAUGACUUUCAAAGCAAACCCAAUGCCUAGCUUCUACCAUGAUGGGCCUCCACCGAAGAUUGAAUUAAAGAAGGUACCACCAACUAGAGCUAAAUCACCCAAACUCGGUCGAAGGAAGGGCUGUGGUGAUGCAAGUGCAACUAAGCUGACUGACGAAGAUGGUUCCAGAAAAGUCUGCGGUCGGCUUCAGCGUCAUAGCUUGGGUACUUCGAAGGAUGCUACAAACACGUUACGAAACAGUCCCAAUAACCGAAAUGUAACUAAAGGCGGUGAAGGGGCUAAAUCCAAUAAAGAGAAGUUUAAGCCUCAUGCUGAAAUAGUUAAGGUUCCCAUCAAAGACUCAAAGCCACGUGCCGAUGAAGCAGCUCCUCCAGAUAUAAAUGGAACCAUUGUGCAGGCCUGAUGCGUAUGAACUUUUGGUCUUUCGUAAUAAUUUGUUCAAAAUGUGUUAGUGGAUUUGAGUUAUAUGCAUAAAUUUUGUAUUUGUGCAAACUGCUUGAGUUGGCCGCUCUUAGUGACAUCGAGCAUGUUUCAUUUUACGAGGCUGAAUUUGGUUAAUAUUAAAUGGGCAAUCUGUAUGUUCAACAUUUAUUCCCUUAUGCCGGAUGAUGUAUCGUGUACGACUGUGAGCAAUGUGCAUAUAUGACAUUGUCAACUCGAUUUUAUUAUUAAAAA